AUGAGCGACCCCGGCGCCCCAAGAUUCGCUGGCUUGACAGGCCACAAAUUGUCACUUGCCAUUUCGACAGUGGCGACGACUGGUUUCUUGCUUUUCGGAUAUGAUCCCAAACCAUUCAAUGAUGCAUUCCCCCAAACCCGUGAUAAUGCGACGCAACAGGGUUUCGUACCUGCUAUCUAUGAAGUUGGUUGUCUGGGAGGUGCAAUGGCUAUCAUUUGGUCAGGCGAUAUUCUGAGCCGUCGCAGAGCCAUUAUGUUAGGCGCAUUUAUCAUGAUCAUUGGUGUCAUUAUCCAGGUCGCCGUUAUUCCAGGCCAUGGGGCAUAUGCCCAAUUUAUCAUUGGGCGAAUCGUUACCGGCAUUGGCAACGGUGUCAACACCUCCACAAUUCCAACAGCUGAUUUCAUGGCCAUGCUCCUCGGCGGUGUCAACAUGAUCGUCUACUCCAUCUUUGCAACUUCAUCCUGGCUCCUGAUUGAACGAUGCUUGUCUAUGGUGAUCACCUUCGCAUGUCUCAUACCGGGCACGCGACAGGCUGCCAUCGGCGCCGCGGUCGGUCUCUUCAUCUACAUCGCCAGUUUCGGGCCCUCUUGGCUGCCGCUACCAUUGCUGUACCCAGCUGAGAUCUCCCCCAUCAAAAUCCGCGCCAAGGACAAUGCCCUCUCCACCUGCUCCAACUGGCUGUUCAACUUUAGACAGCCCCGCCGCAGCCUGGAGGAGAUCGGCAUUAUCUUCGCAAAGGGAUUCCCGGAGAAUAUCAGCUACGCUACCGCGGCCAAGCAGCUGCCAUAUCUCUCCGCUGAAGAGAUUAAGCAGAUGAACGAGCAUAAUGAUGGCUCAAAUGGGAAUGGGGGCGUGCUUGUGGUUGAGGGGGAGAAGCAGGAUUAA